UCUUUAACGAGUGGAGUCGACGGGGGCGAGGUUCUGGAGGCUUAAACUUUGGCAUCAUGUACAAUUUGCUUAGUCUAUGCCACAAAGGGUAGCCAAGAUUCAAGUUGUGCAUUGUCAGUUCCAGUAUAAUGUUCUCUUAGCUUCCGCUUUGCCAUUGUUGGCCAAUUAGAAGUUUCGGUACCCCGGAAAUGGUACCCAGGGUUCCCGUCGACAUCCACAUCUUCGAUUGCAUAAUUUGAUGGUGUUCCCGAAUAUGGUGGCCAAGAUUCACCUCCCGCAGCUUUGAAGUGACUUUUUCAUGACACUAACAAGACGGUGACUGGAUUUUUACUAACACUUUCCUCUGGUGACCGCUACAUAAACACUGAACAUGUCUCUUUUGUCAAAAUCGAGCAGUCGAAUUCGGCGGAAUAAAUUCAAGAGUUCGCGUCCCUAAAUUGUUGCAGUUUACUUCGUUUAACUUCAGUCCGACCUAAUCCAAUAGACUUCUUACAAUCGAUAGUGUACGAUACACCAUGGGGGAGUCGAUAGAGGCUAAUAAUGGGAUAUUCGAUCAGAAUCCCGGAACUCCUGAAGAGGGGAACUGUGAAGCCUUGGGCAAAGCCGACAUCGAACGUCUCGGUCGUCAGCGGCCAGAAACCCUUCCUAACUGGGCCGCCGAAUUUGGCUUCGUAUUCGCCGUGGUUGCAUCGUUAUUCAUGAGCGAGUAUUUCAUCAGCGGUUUCAAUAUCGUCUUGCCCGCCUUAGCCGACGAUUUAGAUAUUCCACAGUCGCAACGAACAUGGCCCGCCAGCGUGAUCAACUUGACCACUGCGGUUCUGCUUCUGCCGUUCGCCCGGCUUUGCGCCAUGUAUGGUGGUAGAAACGUGUUUUUGGGUGGACAUAUCUGGCUCCUAAUCUGGUCUAUCGUCUGUGGCUUCAGCAAAAAUCCUACUAUGCUAAUAGCAAGCCGGGCAAUGCAGGGCAUAGGUGCUUCCGCGUUUCUUCCCGCGGGCCUCGCUCUCCUUGGUCAGACGUACCGGCCAGGCCCGCGUAAAAACUUUGUCUUCAGCGUGUACGGCGCAUCCGCCUGCGUAGGGUUUUAUUUCGGCAUCAUCAUAGGCGCCCUGACCGGACAGUUAGCUGACUGGACAGUCUACUUUUGGGUUGGCUCUGCUUUUGUCUUCGCCGUCAUCGUUACCGGCUUCUUUGCCAUCCCCCGGAAUCUUGGCCAUGAUGACCCGGAGAUUCGUAUGGAUUGGUGGGGCGUGUGCACGAUCGUACCCGGAUUGGCGCUUGUCGUCUUUGCGCUUACUGACGGUGGGAAUGCGCCGGACGGAUGGCGUACACCUUACAUAUACGUAACCUUCAUAGUCGGUGCACUUUUGCUCUGUGCCGCGAUGUACGUGCAAGGCUGGGUUUCGGCGCAGCCAUUACUUCCGGCUGACAUGUUCCGUCCGAAAUAUAUGAAGCGUAUUUCUGCCUUCAUAUUUUGCGGGUUUGGUGUAUUUUCGAUUUUCUUAUUCUAUUCAAGCUUUUAUAUCGAAGAAGUCAUUCACGCAACUCCUCUCCAGACUGCCGCGUGGUUUACACCACUAGCUCUGGGCGGUUUCAUACUUGCUAUUACCGGUGGAUUUGUACUGCACAUACUUUCGGGCCAUAUCCUGCUAAUCCUUUCUGGGACGGGUUACGUGCUGUGUGUCUUGUUAUUCCCACUCAUGCCGGCGCAAGACGGAUUGAGCGGGAUGUCGACAAGUCAUCUCUACUGGGCCUACGUAUUCCCGGCGAUGGUUUGCGGUACCAUAGGCAUUGACAUCACAUAUAAUGUAACCAACGUCUUCGUUACGACGGCAAUGCCCCGACGCCAUCAAGCCACUGCCGCUGGACUUAUCACGAGUCUUGGAUACCUUGGUAUGGCAUUAUGGCUUGGUGUUUCCGAGCUUGCCGUCUCAACCUGGGUUCGAUCCCAUGCAGACGAGAAUCCAAAUCUCCGCGAAAGAUACCAAGUUGGGUUCUGGACGGGCGUUGGGUUAGCAGGUUUUACGCUGUGUUGCGCGAUUACUUCGAAAAUUGGCCGUGCGUCGGCCGAAUUGACAGCAGACGAGAAACGCGAAUUAGGAAAUACUGUCGCUUAGAAAUAGGUUCAUUAAUGAUGAUACGACUAAAGAUAUGACUGAAGAUGUCGGAUUGGAUAAACUUAGAUACCUGUAUUCGUUUUUAUAUGUUUUUAGACGUUUGUAGAUGUUUCGAUAGAUUAAAGCUGGCUUAAUUGGAGAUUUGAAGCAAUUUAGAGUAUGGUUUUAUUUCAUAAUACGGG